CACACCACACACACACACACAUACAAAUAACCCAGUCUAUACAGUACAUAUAAAUGACCAUGCACCUUUUGUGCAUGUGAAAGCUUUUGCAGCCGUCUCGCUUUACCAUGGUUUGUCUCUCUAGCUUUAUACCUCUCUAUCUAUCUGGCUCUACCGCUCUCUGUCUGGCUGUCCUGGCACUGUUCUCUCUCUCUUCUUCCUCCCUGUAGGUGUGAACUCUUCUUCCUCCACCCUGUGCUUCUACAUGAAACCAGAGAGUCACUAGCAGCCUCACUGCUUUUCUUGGUCUGUCCCUAAUAACCUUGGUAUGAAGGAGAAAGUGAACAAUUCACCCUCAAGCUUUCCAAGACUCUCUGCAUCCGACCAGCAGUCAUCCCCCACCUCUCCAUCCUCAAUCUCCCUGUCCACCUCCGAGCUGUCCCGCCCCUCCUCCGCCAACAACUCUGCCCCCGAGGAGCCCUCUGACUGGGAUACGUCUGCUGCAGCUGCACCCUCCCCCUCCAGGCUGCUGGAGCCCAACAAGGCCAGAGGGCAGCAGACUCACCACCAUAGCCAGAGGAGAGCCAACAGCCCCAACAACAACACCCGUGAUUCCAUCACCUCCCACAACGACAAGCAUGCUAACCCCAAGAGAUCCACCGAAGCCCCGGCUGAAACCAAGGAGCGCCCCCAGAGCCCCAGGAAGACCGACAGAGUAGACCGAGACAACAAGGCAGGGAGUGCUGAACACAAGAAUGGCUCAGUGGAGGGAGACCUGAGCAGCGAGAGGAAGGCCCAUGGCCAGAGAGAGGGCCGGAAGGGUCGAGAGUGCCGCUCUUCCAGCCCCAGGAAGAUGACCUCAAAGAGGGAUCCGGAGGCAGCAGUCUCCAGGCAGCCCUCGAAGGGCCAGGAGGGUCAGAGGCACUCUAGGGGGCAGCAUCCCAUCUCCAACCCUAAGGGCACUCAGGGGAGAGAAAGGAGACACAAGGAGGAGGACUCCUCUCACAGACAAGAGAGGGAGACGAGAACCAGCGAGCACCGCAGGAAGGACACAGGGGUGGAACGAGAGGCAGAACCUCAUAGAUCCCACUCUCAGACACAGAAGGAGAAGACAGGGCCGGACUCAGAGGGCGGAACCCUGAAUCGGAGAGAGAGGAGUCAGAGAGAGGGCAAACACAGAGAGGCAGCGGAGGAAGAGAAUCAGAGGGACACCAGGGAGAGCACCAGUAGUGCUGUUAGCCAGGACUCCACAUGCAACAGGAACCCCAGCAGCAAGAAGCAGGCCACCAUCACCCCAGGGCCUUGGAAGGUCCCUAGCUCAGCCAAAAUCCACUCUCAUGUGGAGGGAAACUGAUGCAUCGUAGACUAACUAACCUGUCCAUAACAGAUACAUACACAGCUUCUACAGUUCUGCUCAUUUGCAGCAUGAUGACAUUUAGAAUGGACCAAUGAGGAUUGAGAGGAUUUAGGCUAUUUUGCGUCACUGUGUUAAUCCAUAUCAUCACAUUGCCUCUUAUUGCAUAUCAGUGCUUCUUUUCACAGUUUGCUUCAGCCAACCUUCCUACAGGCUGUUUUAAUGUCCAGAGUUCAGUCAGUUUGUGGCUCUGCAGAUGCGGUGCGUGCCUGUUGAUCUGGAGGAUGUGAAGUCCAAUCUGUUUUCUGCCAAUCAGACUCCAACCUGCUGGGAGGAAGUUGGUCCAUGUCAUGUGAUGUAUCGUCCUUUCUGUGAUGUGAAACUCUUUUGUGGUUGAAUGAAAGGAGAUGCUUCCUCUCUGAUGCUGGCUUUGAUGAAGGAUGUUGUUGUUUGUCACUACUGUAUGAAGGUUUUAAAGACAGACUCUUAUCCAGGCAAUCACUCAGCAUUUUGUGUUCCUGGUGGCUGGUGGGAUUGAUCCACUGCUAUGUACCUGAUGGAUGUAUAAAGAGGUGAGGGUGAUUUCUCCUCAAGUCACUGGGAGAUCAGGGGGGUUUGGUUUUCAAUCAUUUUCUUUCCAUAUCUAGAAAUCCAGUCCAGACAUGUUAACUGGUGUGUAGGCUACAUGCUCUGUGCAGACUCGGAAUCACUGUUGUCAUCAGCUUUGCAGUGGAUUUUAGAUCAUUACGGAAAAGCUUUAUAUGCAUAUCUAUCUGAAGACCAGACACUUGUGGUUAGCUAUAUUGUUUACUACUACAUGUGUGUUUAUUAUGACGCAUAUUGUAAUUUAUUGAGAUUAAAUGACAAAGAAUAAGUA